GUGGUCGGUUAUGGUAUAUUUAUAACUACACGUUAAUUGAAAUGCAACCUGUGCAACUACUACAUGUGACGUUGUGUUUAUGAAAGCUGGCCUGGCUGCAGACACAUGAGCCCAUUGUGACGGUGUGACUGUGGCCAGCGGCUGCAUCGUUGUUGUGAAGACGGAAGUGACAGGGGGACCUCCCUCUGGACAUCUCUUCAGUCCUUUCUGGGGACAGUAAAAGGAAUACACCGCCGCCUGACGAGACACCAUCAUGUCAUCUGCGUACAAAAACAGAAUACUGGAAUUCAAAGAAACCUUGAGUGAAGAAAACAUAAACCUGAAGACCCUGAGGGAGCUGUGCUUCAACGGAAUCCCAUUCGAAGGGGGCAUACGAGCACUUUGCUGGAAAAUCCUUCUUAAUUAUCUGCCUUUCGACCAGACGUUAUGGGAGUCUUUUCUCAAAAAGCAGAGGGAGGUGUACUCCCAGUUCCUAAAAGAAAUGAUCAUCCAGCCUGGUAUCGCAAAAGCCAACAUGGGCUUUUCUAGAGAAGAUGUGACUAUGGAGGACCAUCCUCUGAAUCCGAACCCCGACAGCAGGUGGAAUAACUACUUCAAAGACAAUGAGAUUCUGCUACAAAUUGAUAAGGAUGUGAGGCGGCUGUACCCCGACAUGGCGUUCUUCCAGCGCCCCACAGAAUACCCUUGCCAACUCAUCUUGGACCCUCAGAAUGAGUACGAGACGCUGCGACGGCGAGUGGAACAAACCACGCUGAAAGCCCAAACUGUAAACCGCAACCGCAGUGGGGUCACCAAUGUCAGCUCCCCCGGAAAGGCGUUCCACCUGUAUCCAUCCAACGAGUAUGAGGUGCUGCCCAAUGGGAGCGAGGCACACUGGGAGGUGGUGGAGCGGAUCCUCUUCAUCUAUGCCAAACUCAACCCUGGGAUCGCUUAUGUCCAGGGCAUGAAUGAGAUCGUUGGGCCAAUCUACUACACUUUUGCCACGGACCCCAACAGCCAGUGGAAAGAGCACGCUGAAGCGGAUACGUUCUUUUGUUUCACCAACCUGAUGUCGGAGAACAGAGACAACUUCAUCAAGAGCCUGGAUGACUCCCAGUGUGGCAUCACCUACAAGAUGGAGAGCGUGUACUCCAUGCUGAAGGACAAGGACCUGGAGCUCUUUCUCAAGCUGGAAGAGCAGAACAUCAAACCGCAGUAUUUCACAUUCCGCUGGUUGACCUUGCUGCUAUCGCAGGAGUUCCUCCUGCCUGAUGUCAUCCGCAUCUGGGACACUCUGUUCUCGGACCAGGACCGGUUCCACUUCCUCAUCCUGGUGUGCUGCGCCAUGCUCAUACUCAUCCGGGACAAUCUACUGGCCGGAGACUUCACGGUCAACAUGAGGUCACUGCAGGAUUACCCCAUCUCGGAUGUGCACACCAUCCUGACCAAGGCCAAAGAUCUGCGGGACAACUCUUAACCCGUUGGCUCUUUGGCUCCUGCCCUUUCUGCUGGGACGUGGUAGGAGAGAGUUUAGACAUUACAGAACGUUGUCAUGGGACACAAGGAAGAAAAGCGGCCCGCCGGCUGCGUUUUCACUGGCCGCGGAGACGAUUCCCUGCGCGGUGAGCACUGGUCUCACGGCCGUCUCUCCCGUGGAGACCAGUUGAUGAUGGUGGCUGCACUGGACAUGUGCCACAUUAGUCCUACACUACAGGUCUUAGUUUGUCAAAGGAUUAAACACAUGUCUCUGCCACCACAUGUUGUCAGAUUGAGUAAAUGUUUCAUUGGUUUGACCGACAGUGCAGUUUGUUCUGUUUGUUCUAUUUUACAAAGUUGAAGGUUUUUAAUGUAACAAAAGUCGUCCUCUGUUUAAUCCUGUGAAACGGGAGACGGUGUUUGUGGGACAUUUUCUGCGUGGAUCAAAUAAAUCUGAAGUAAUGGGCGUGGCCUAUUAAACAUGCUGUUUAAUCACCCUCUGAAAAAUCCUCAUUUCUUUAACAUUGUUUCUCAACAUGACCUGUUUUCUCCCGUUGGGACUGUGAUGGAUGUCUUCGACACAGCAAAAAAGUAUUGAAAGACUAUUGUUCCAAUACUGGUAGUGUCCCAUCACAGAGUAUUUCUUAUAAAGCUCGGCACGGCGAGUGACCUGCUGCUUUCUGUGGCACCAGCGCACAGAAACUACCCCGAGUAUUCUUUAAACGUAGACAUAUUAUUUCAACAGCAGCAUCCCCUUAAUACGUCACACCGCUUUAAGAAACACAACCAUAUUUUUCUACGAUAUCAAAAGAAGCACAAGUAGCUGAAUUUGAAAUUUGCCUUAAAAUGAUCUUGAAUUGACUAAACUUUGCAUGCGUUUUUAUUGCUCUGUAGCCGAGGAAAAGUUUCAGUCAGUUUGAAAGAGACUUUGAUCUUCCACCACAUCUGAUCCUUUAGCGAGUGCAAUAGUCGAUCAGCAGUGUGUGGAAGUGGCCUCGGCUACAUGGUUCUCUGCUAUAUUCCCAAACCGAGUUCAAGCCUUUUAGGUAACACCUCAAAAGGUCAAUCAGUGAAUCAGGGAGAGAUGACUGCCAACAUCUCUGUGUUGUACUAUUUGCUCGUCUUUUGAAGGCUUGGACUGAGUUAGCUCAAGAUACUUUGCUCGGCAUGUUGAGGACAGCCAGCAGCUUCUGAUAGAGCAGAAAAGGGCGUGAGGGGGGUUUCAGUGUAAACUCUGCUUGAUGAUUUGCAUGAAGCUAAGAGUAGCUCUUUCCCGUUUCAAUAAGUUAGCUUAUGGGUCUUAAGAUUUACAGUGACAUGGUGGGAAGCUGAAGUAGCGACUGAACAACACUGCACAGCCUGCAGCUGAUGUUCAAAUAGCUGAGCUCCUCCAGGGUUCAGCAUGAUGCUGUUCAGUGUAACACCUGCCCAGACUAUGGAAUCUAUGUGGCAAUGCUGCUCAUGUAUUGAGCAAAGAUCAAAUAGAAAUGUGCAUUAUGACAUGUUAAGAAGGUUCAGUUGGGGAAAAAGCAUGACAAGUGAUCUCAGAAGCUGUUUAGAAGAGCGUUUGAUAGCUGAUAGAAGAUGCACAGUGGUACGAGGAACUCUUCAUCGAGCUCAUUGAUGAAAUGCUUCCCCGCGUCAGUAUGAACUAGCAUGUUGUAAAAUGUGCAGGAUUUUGUAAUCUCAUUCUUCGUAUGCACACUCCAAAUGGAAACCAGAGCAUUUCCCUGAGUUCCUUUCUCUUAUGUGACCGUCCUAAUCAGAACACGCUAUUGAAAUGUACUCUUUAAUAUUAUGCAGGUUUGUGCUAUGGAAGUUCUGUUGAUCUUCACCUCAGUAUGGAACCAUUCAAUUAUAUUAAAGUGUUAAAUCUUUAUAAUUUAAGAACUGUGUUAAACGGAUGGCCUGUCUGAACCUGAAUGAUCCCCACGUCUGAGACACAGUUCAGAGAUUUGAAUUUGAUUAUGAAAUGUUUGCGCUCCUGACAGCGUUCCCUCUCAAGCAGCAUCUUUGCUGCUGAGUGUCCCUCAGUUAGAUAGAUCUAAAUCCAAAAGAUUCAGUUCACUCUGAAUGACCAAGGUGUGUGUGUGUGUUUCUCUAUACUCUGUCUUAUGUCAAUGAAUUGCAUGUUUCUAAUUUUUUAAGCACAUUUUGUAACGUGUACCAUGAUACAACUUGAAUACAUGCUUUUACGUUUGCAGCUGUACAUUAAAAUGAAUGAUCGUAUAAAUGAAA